AUGGCAACCAGCAACCACAUGCAUAAUAUGACUACUCUUAUCAAGCGGCUGGAAGCCGCGACCUCCCGUUUGGAGGACAUGGCUAUGUCGCUGGAUGACCCUCACUCGCCGAAACACGUCGGAAGUGCAGCAACUCCUGAACCUGCAGCGCCUGUUCCAGUGAAUACAGUUGCUCCCCCAGCGCCUCUCGUGGCCCCUUCGCUUCCGCCCCAAAUAGAAGACUUCGAUGCGUUGAUCAAUGGGGAUGUUCGAAGCUUCGUGGAUCUCGGCAAGAAGAUCGGUGGUCUUGUAGCAGAGCAGUCCAAGGCUGUUCUUCAAGCUUUCGAAGCCGAGCGCACCUACCUUUACGUCUCGACAAAGGCGAGAAAGCCCGAACCUCAGCCACCAGAGCUCAUGACUGAGCUCCACAAUGCUUCUGAUACCAUCAAUAACAUCCGCGAGUCAAACAGAGCCUCCCCUCUCUUUAAUCACCUUAGCGCUGUCGCGGAAGGCAUAGUUGCUCUGGGCUGGUUCUUUGAGCCUAAGCCUGCUGAUUUCGUCAGCGAGAUUGUCGGAGGCAUCCAGUAUUAUGGAAACAAGGUGUUGAAGGAGUACAAGGAGAAGGACCAAACUCACGUUCAGUACAUCCAAGCCUACUACCAGAUUUUCAAGUCGCUAGCUGCGUACCUGAAGAAACAUUAUCCCAAAGGACUCACCUGGAACCAGGAAUCUGGUAUUGAUGCGCAGGAAGCGCUUAGGCAAAUCAAAAGCGGCGUUUCCGGCCAGGCACCACCACCCCCUCCUCCACCUCCCGUGCCAACUCUGAACGUCCCUGGAGGAGUCCCACCUCCCCCCCCUCCGCCACCCGGCGUCCCUCCUGCGCCCGUUGCAGCAGCAGCAGACAUGUCUGCAGUCUUCGCGCAGCUGAACCAAGGCAACGCCGUCACCUCCGGACUCCGCAAGGUUGAUAAAUCCGAGAUGACGCACAAGAACCCCAGCCUGCGUGCGGGCGCAACGGUGCCUGAACGCCCAAGCUCUCAGGGUAGCAUUUCUCGCUCCAAGUCACCUGCCCCGAGCAAGAAGCCCAAGCCGGAGAGCAUGCGUGCUCGUAAGCCGCCGCGUAAAGAGCUCGAAGGCAACAAGUGGCUCCUUGAGAAUUUCGAUAACCCCGGUGGCAUCAUCGAGAUUUCCGCUCAGCAGAAUCAAUCUAUCCUAAUCAGCCGUUGCAACAAGACUAUCGUGAAGGUGAACAACAAGGCCAACGCAAUCUCCAUCGACAACUGCAACGGUCUUUCCAUCAUUGUGGAUUCGCUUGUCAGCAGCCUCGACGUCAUCAAGUCUCCCAAAUUUGCUCUGCAGAUUGACGGGGUCGUGCCCACUCUUUUGCUUGACCAAGUCGACGGUGCGACCAUCUACCUUGGACAGCAGAGCUUGGCUACCGAGGUCUUCUCUAGUAAAUGCACGGCUAUCAACGUCAUGCUCCCGCCUAAGGAGGGAACCGAUGAGGAUACCAAGGAGUGUCCAGUUCCGGAACAGAUCAAGUCGUAUGUCAAAGACGGGGUUCUCGUGAGCGAAAUUGUCGAGCACGCAGGCUAG